ACUUCCGCCUCCAGUCGGCCAAGGGGUGGGUUCAUUUGUUUGGAGGGAAGUUUAAUCAAAACAAGUAUGGAGCUUAAUUUAAAAUUAUAAACGAAACUACAAACACGUGAUAUAAGCAAUACACGUAUGGUUUUAGAGGUUGACAGUAAAAUCAAUGUAAUUGCGAAUUAAGAAAUGUUGGUUUAAUAUUAUAGAAAAGCUACUUUCAUGAUAGCAUCUCAGACGCAGUUAGCUCCGCUAGCUAAUGUUAGUUAUCCUCGAGUAGCAUAAUCAAUAAACCGCCGCGAAGAAAUCGAAGGAUACCGAUGGACGCUCAUAGGUAAUUUAUAUAAGUACAAGGCUGGACAUGGAUCGAAAGACAAGUAGGCUGGAAAGUCAACUGAGCAAAGCGGUGAAGGAUGGAGAUCCCAGGAUGGUACAACUACUUCUUACACAAGGUGCACGUCCGAACCUGCUCAGCAGUAAAGGUGUGGCUGCGAUACAUUUGGCUGUUGGCAAAGAGACAGAGAAAAAUGCUCGCUGCCUAAAAAUGUUGCUGCAACAUGGAGCAGACCCCAAUAUCAGGUCGUCGGAGGGAUUGACUCCUCUUCACAUUGCUGCUGUGUGGGGAUGUUUUCAAAAUGUGAAGAUGCUCCUAAUGAACGGAGGGGAUCCACACAUUAAGGAUAAUGAAGGCAAUACACCAAGGCAGCUUGCAGAGCAACAAGAGAAUCGGAAAUGUGCCCAACUUCUCCAGGAAUACCAGGCAUGCUCAGUGGAGACGGAGGAUGAUGACCUGCCUCAAUUCCAGUACUCUGUAUAUUCAGACCAAACGGACACAUCCAGCUAUCCUGAAUCCGACUACAGCUUCAGUUCCCACUCUUCGAUGAUAAGUGACUUUGGCGAGGCCCCAUUGAGCAGCACAAGGCGCUCAUCAUUUUUCAACCUGUCUAAUGUUAAUGGAAGACCAAAUGACAGAGUAUCAUAUAAUAGGCUUUUUGAUAUGGACACUAAAAGGCAUCACAGGCAGGACUGGAACGAUUCUUCUUCACAAUGGGCAUCUGAAGGUCCCUCAAUGCUAUCAAGCACUCGCAUGUCUGCAGUGGGACCUGCUGUUGUGAUGCCAGUUCUUAAGGAGGAUGAUUUAUUUACUACUGAUGGCGUUUUCCUAUCAAAUGCAAAUGAAAAUGUUGCUACAACUGAAAGCAGAACAUCCCCCCAAAAAAGUGACAACGUCCCAGCAUUUCUGUCGAGACGAGCAAGCCGUAAGAAUGUGAGCUUCAUGGAUGUAGAUGAAUACUUCCCUGUUUUUAGUCCUGACUCCCCCAGACCACAACCUGCUGCUGGUGGCAGCCACUCCACCAGCAGCCUGCCUUUUGACCUUUCAGAGUAUUCAGAUUUUCUGGAUCCAGAGCGAAUGGCCACCGUUUUACACCAGCAGGGCAUCGACGUCACAUCGCCGGACCACGUUUACGUCUUCAGCAUGAAGAGCAGCACAAGCACAGAAGAGGACAUGGAGAAAACCGUCAUCAGUCACUGUGCUUUGGACGAAAGCGAGGACGAGCAGGAGAGUGAACAAAAGGAAGACGUUCAGUUGAACAUACCCAGAACGCCAGUAGGUUCAUGUGGGGGCAGCAGUAGGAGUGACACUGCCAGUAGCCAUUACAGUAGCUGUGAGAGCGACCACUACACCAGUGCUAUGGAAGCUUCUAUACAUCCCCAGAUAGUCUCAGUCCCUGCGACAGAGGAAGUUUUUGCCAGGGAUGAAUCAAGGCAAGAUGAAAAUGCUUCACCUGUUCAGACUGAAGCACACAUGCAUUCAAAGUCUGAGUAUUUACUAGGUAUGCUUAAAAGACUGACCUUGUCUGAAGGAAAAACAGUAGCCAGGGAUGAUUUUGUCAGUCAUGGUCCCAAUGUAAUUACUAAGAGUGAAGACUGUGUCGUCGACACUAGAAGUGAUGCAUUAAAGGAAACUGAUGACCUUCCAAUAAGUCCGUUUGUAACUGGAAGGACGCGCUCACGGCUGAGCCGCUGCUCAAUGAGAACGAGCCAAAACCCUGAAAGCUUCCUGUUCACAUCCUCCCUGUUUGAGGAGACCCUACCCACGCCAUUCCGCACACGCCGCCAGACGCCCAGGUCCCAGAGCACUGAAGACCAGUACAAGUCACCACGUGGCCCCUAUUGUACACCGUCCUAUUUAGAGAACAGCACUGGAGGAGGCUGUUCGCAGUCCAGCACCAUGUUAACUGAAGGGAGUGUUAACAGUAGCCAAGCAGACACACUCAUCCUCUCAAAAAGUAUAAGCGACACUGCCCCUGAAUCACAGACUGUAUGCGAUACAUUAAUACUGGAGAAAAGAGAAGACACUUCAGAGGAUGCCUAUGAAAGAAUCCUUGAAGAGGUUAGAUUUGCCAUGCAACGCCUAGAGGCGGAUCCUGCUGAAAAAGGGGAUUUUUUGACUGAUGAUCUGACAAGCACAGAUGAGACAUCAACGAAAGAAGGUGGAAAUGAUGCCGCUGGUGUGUUCAGAGGAGACGACCUCAAACAUGAUGACUGGAUCACUGACUGUAGCUCUCAGCCAGAAUCAAUCUCAUCAUCAUCCAGCUCCAGCUACUUUUCCCCGAGGAGGUCCAGGGAAGACUCUGACCUUCCAUGCACCCCGGGCACUGGAUGCACCCCAAGAUACAGCAUGAGCAGGCUAUCGGGCCACCGCAGGCCACAGCAUCUGGCAAACCUGUCCUACACACCAGGAGGACGCCCGGUCAUUCAGGAUGUGGACGAACCUGUGGAGUACCUCUACACUGAUAUUGAGCAGGGCCACAAACUGAUUGAGACACACGUCCCACCAACAGCCAACACUUCACUUAGCUCCUCGAUGAGCACUACCAGCAGUGAGGAGACCAUCCUGUAUGACUGGCGAUCCAUGCACACUGACAUGGUGAGCAAGGCUGAGAAGGAGAACCUGGAACCUCAGAUACUGGUACGGAAGGAGAAAGGUGAUGAGGACGCAGAUAGGGUGUUGCCAGAGGUCAAAGGGAUGACUGACAAGGAGCUGAGACUGAGACUAGUGGAGCUGGGGGAGAAACCAGGUCCCAUUAACAGCCGUACCAGGGCCACCUACAUUCGAAGGCUGUCCCGGCUGUUGGAGGAGUCAAAGUUUAUAAAACCCUUGCAGCCCCAGAAGCAGCUGGACCAGGCACAGACAGACCUGGCUUACAGUCCAGAACUGUGUCGGGCCCUGCAAACCUUCACGCUGCCUAACAGCCAGGCUGACGAGCAGGCUCUCUGUCAGCAGUUUGACCAACCGGACCAAAACAGAAAAUGGAGGGAAGGCGUCAUAAAGUCGAGCUUCAACUACCUCCUGCUCGAUCCCAGAGUGACGAACAACCUGCCUUUCCGCAGUCACUCAAUGACACCGCAGGAGUGUUUCCAGACAUUUAUCCGUGCUAUAUUUUAUGUGGGCAAAGGAAAGCGCUCACGGCCAUACAGCCACCUGUAUGAGGCUUUAGAGUACUACAAAGGGGAGAAGACCUCCAAGAAAUUGUGUUCCAAAGUGCAGCACAUCCUUCAGGUGUGGAAUGCAGAGCUGGGAGUCAUCUCUCUGCAUUGUUUCCAGAACGUCAUUCCAGUGGAGGCCUAUACAAGAGAAGCCAGCAUGGUGGAGGCAAUCGGCUUGAAGAUGCUCACCAAUCAGAAGCGAGGGGAUUACUAUGGAGUGGUGUCCAACUGGCAGGUGAAGCGGAAACGAGAGCUGGGUGUCCAUCUGCUUUAUCGAGCCAUGCAGAUCUUCUUAGCCGAGGGUGAGAGACAGCUCAGACCAGCAGACAUCAGGCAGUAGCGACCCCUGCUGGAGAGGGGUGCGAACAGCAGUGGACCAGUGCCAAAACACAAAGGACAGCACCACUAAGAACCAUUUGGAUGCACUGAAAGCUUGGUGGCACUUGACACCAACAUUUUUGCUAUUUUCUGUUUUUAAAUUUCCUACCAAUACAUUCUACUUUGUAAUUGUGUUCAUGUCAAGGUUGCCCGUGACUGCUUCAUAUAAAAUGUUGUGUUUUAGAAUCUCUCCAGAUGUGAAAAAAAUGUAGAAGUAUAAUGUACGUCAUGAUAAAUAAGAUACAUAUUUUUCUAAAAAUGUUUUUUUUAUAUGACAUUCUGUAGAACCUGCUGUAAUACUUUUCUAAACCAAUCACCAGUCAAACGUUAAUCAAGCAGCUAGUUCAAUGUAAAACAGAACGUAACAUAGACAAGAAAGUUCCCUUACUCAUUAAUUACUCAAGGCUGGUAAGAGAUACUAAUUACUAAUUAGUGUGUAUCAUAAGGUUUAGUUUUUCCUGAACAAUUCUCUAACAUCUAUUUAUUGUCAUCUGUUUUUAAUUAGUCUUCAGUAAACAUUUGCUAGCAUUAAGAUAGUUGUGAUGUGUACAAUUCAGUAUAAUAGCAGCUCAGGAAGCAAAAGUUCACAUUUAAAAUGUUUAGAUUAGCAGACUGGUUCAGAUUAGGAGCUAGUUGUUAUUUUACAUAUUGUCGAGUCUUUAACAUUUGGGAGCUGGGCUUUGAAACUGUUGUGUCCUCAAGGUAAUUUGUUAAAAAAUGUAUUGUUCUAAGUUUUUCGUAAUGACUUUAAAUUAUCAAUUGCAAAUACACAUUUUGAAAAACCGAUUGACAGUCCCCCUGAUAAAAUAAUCAUAAAUCAUCACCUCUGUUAUUAAACAUUGAACUAUU